AAAGAAAUGUAUAGGAAAGAAAAUAUAGGAAAGAGAAGCGAAGAAAACGGAAAGAAAUAAAAUAAAGAGAAAAACGUGUACGAAAUAAUAACAUUAAGGCUAAGAGUUUUUGAGAAACGUGUAUAUGCGUGCGUGCGUGUGUAUAGUAUAUCAGUGGGCAAGAUGGAGGAAAGUCAGCUGUUGAUGACGGAACUUCCGGCAUUGACGCCGAGUCGUGGUACAACGUUGCUUCAUCGUUCAAGACAUUAUUAUCAGUUACACCAACCGCACCUGGCUGCGAUACCGACCUCGCAGAGUCAAGGGAUUCUUUAUAACUCGAGUAACGCGCCACAUUAUACUAGCGGUACGACCGGUCUACCGGCAUACGCGCAAGGUCUUUCAUCGAGGCAACAACCGCAAGUAAUUGCUCGCGGUACUGUCACACCGAGCACGCAUAUCUCCUGCCUGUAUCCUGAAAUAUUGGCGUUGAUCUUCAGCUACCUCGAGGUCAGAGAUAAGGGACGUGCCGCCCAAGUAUGCACGGCGUGGAGAGAUGCAGCGUAUUACCGAUCUGUUUGGCGAGGGGUUGAAGCCAGAUUACACCUAAGAAAACAGGCACCAGCGUUAUUCGCUAGUCUGGUAAGAAGAGGAGUGAAAAGGGUCCAGGUAUUGUCGUUGCGGAGAGGUCUCGGCGAUGUUUUGAAAGGCGUGCCAAACUUGGAGGCGUUGAAUCUCUCGGGUUGCUAUAAUAUUACCGACGCUGGCUUGAUCAAUGCUUUUUGCCAAGAAUAUACCACGCUUACCGAACUCAAUCUUUCGUUGUGCAAACAAGUGUCAGACAUUUCUCUCGGUAGGAUAGUGCAGUAUUUAAAAAAUCUCGAACAUUUAGAACUCGGUGGUUGUUGUAACAUUACCAAUGGAGGGCUUCUUUGUAUAGCAUGGAAUUUGAAGAAAUUAAAAAGACUCGAUUUACGAAGUUGUUGGCAAGUAUCCGAUUUGGGUAUUGCUCACUUGGCUGGUGUAAAUCGCGAAGCAGCUGGAGGAAAUCUUGCAUUGGAACAUUUGAGCCUUCAGGAUUGUCAACGGCUGAGCGACGAAGCUCUCAGGCACGUGUCGAUCGGUUUAACCACUUUGAAAUCGAUUAAUCUCUCGUUUUGCGUAUGUAUUACCGAUUCAGGGUUGAAACAUCUAGCCAAGAUGUCUAGCUUGCGCGAAUUGAACCUUCGAUCCUGUGACAAUGUUUCCGAUAUCGGUAUGGCUUAUCUUGCGGAAGGUGGCAGUAGGAUUUCUUCAUUGGAUGUAUCAUUUUGCGAUAAAAUCGGAGAUCAAGCGCUUGUUCACAUUUCCCAAGGAUUGUUUAAUUUGAAAUUAUUAUCGCUAUCUGCUUGUCAAAUCAGCGACGAAGGUAUUUGCAAAAUCGCAAAGACCUUACACGAUUUGGAAACGUUGAAUAUUGGUCAGUGCAGCAGAUUGACGGAUAAAGGACUUUACACCAUUGCUGAGAGUAUGAAACACUUGAAAUGUAUCGAUCUUUACGGAUGCACCAGGAUAAGUACCAAUGGCUUAGAAAGGAUUAUGAAAUUGCCGCAAUUGAGUACGUUAAAUCUUGGUCUUUGGCACGUGCGGUGAUGGCUUUUUCUCAAUCGUACAUAUUAUAUGCGUCCCUACAUUCGUAUCAGUGACCAACAUGUUUCCUCGGUGCCUGUGAAACAUUGCCAGAUACAUGCCGAUUUUCUAGUUGUUUCUCUUCUUCUUGUGAGUUUUUAUUCUUUCCUUAUUCUUUUCUCUCUUCUGUCCAUUAUUCUAUUCCCUACAUCUCCCUUUCCUUUCAUGCAUAAGUACAUAGACAAUCUAUAAAUAAUUCAACUUGAUCUCUUUCAUUUUCUUUUUUCUUUUCAGAUCAUGUGACACGAUUGCGUAACGCGUGCACGCUUAUCUUUUGUUCCUUGUCAUCCUCACAAUUAUGUUGAACACAAAUUUUCCUUUUUCGAUUAUACAUCAUCGUAUACAUAUAUAUACCGAUAUCUAAUUGCUAAUUCGGAUCAAUAUAUUCGAUAUAUACUUGUAUAUAUUUUGAUUUUAUCAUAUCAAAUUUUCUCAAGAUUUUUUCUCAAAUUUUCAACGCUUCGUUCAUCGCGUAUUUACCAUACGUAUUUACAUAGACAUAUUAUUGGAAAUUAAUUUCUAAUGUAAUUUUCUCGACGAUACAUAAUCGUAUUUAUCUAUAGAUUCGGGAUUCCAUUCGUUUCUUUUAUUAUAAUCGUUAAAAUUGAAUUUUAAUCGAAGUUUAAACUAGACUAUAUAUCUAACGCUUACGCUCUUUUCGUGUUUUUCAACUCGUUCUACGUAAUGAAAAUUCGCUAAUACUGUUUCUUUUUUUCCUUCCCUUUAUCAUAUCAAACAACAGCGUUUUCUUCUUUAUAUGU